AUGGCGGCGCUGCGACGUCUGUUUCUAACUACUCCCCAAACAAGCCUGGUUGCUGUCAGAUGUGCUUCUAAGAAGAGUGGGGGCAGCUCAAAAAAUUUAGGUGGCCGCAGCCCUGGGAAACGCUAUGGAUUCAAAAAAGUAGAAGGGGCAUUUGUGCAUGCAGGCAACAUUUUGGCGACACAGCGGUUGAUACGCUGGCAUCCAGGGGCUCAUGUGGGGAUGGGCCGUAACAAGACACUCUAUGCCCUGGAGGAUGGGAUAGUGAGAUAUACCAAAGAGGUCUAUGUACCUCUGCCCCGAAGCACCGAGAGCAGGGAGAUGAUCUGUUGUCUACCCAAAGGAGCAAUUCUUUAUAAAACUUUUAUCAAUGUUGUCCCUACUACAGAAGUAGGGAGUUUUAAACUGGUCACCAUGCUCUGAGCCUCCCGCGUCACAUAAGGAUGGAUGGGAAGGAGCAGCUGGGACAGACGACUCCAGUUGGACUGGCAUCCGAGGACAGGAAUAUUCUAGCUCGGAAGACACCAGUUUAGGACUUUGUUUUCUUGCUCCUAAAGCACACCUGGUCAGUGUUCA